CCCGGGGUCUGCCUGUCCUCAUCACGUCUGCGGAUCACAUUGUACACAUUUGGGCGCGUCCCUCUCUACUCCGCCUCACCCUCCAUCUCACUGGGCUAUCCCGGGAAAAACCAGCUCUCCUGUGACCUUUACCUUUCCUCUACCAUCACGACCAACCCAUCUACAAUCCCGUCUUCACGAUGAGUCGCGAGUGGAACCACGGCCUGCUCGGGUGUUUCGACAACAUCGGGCUGUGCCUGAUCACGUACCUGGCGCCCUGCUACACGGCGGGCAGGAACGCCGAGGCCGUGGGCGAGGACUGUCUGGUCUGCGGAGUCCUGACGCUGGUGCCUCUCGUGGGAGCCUGGUUCAGGGCACAGAUUCGAGGGAAGAUCCGAGAACAGAAGGGCAUAGAGGGCUCCCUGGUGACAGAUCUGCUACUACACCUGUGUUGUCCGUGCUGUGCGCUUGCGCAGGAGGGUCAAGAGGUCGGCACGGACAUCCCCACAGUCUCCAUGGUCAGGGAGUGAUGACGUCACCAGAAGGACGCCAUCCUGGAACUCCAUUCUUCAUUCAAUUUUAGUCCAUCCCUCUCAUGUCUGUUUAUAUAAGGACCAGGUUUCGUUAGCUACAACACAAAGAGACUUGAGUUUUCUGCGUACAUCACCCUUUUAUUUAGUCUCUGUCCACGAGAAACAUUUUCUUUGUGAAAAGUAACAAACUUAGACAUGUAUCGCUGCAAAUGAUAUAUUACCUUCUCAUGGUAAAUGUCUUUUCAAAAUUCUGCAAUACUAAUUCCCUUGUGUAGCUGUCAUCGAUUUUCGAGUCAAGGAACUUCCACCAGUUAACUUGUACAAUGUAUUGUGGUAUAUCAUCACAUCGAGGAAACGAGAUAUGCCGACGACACCUUUUCACCGAUAGUGUGUUACACUUGCAUUCCGCCAGGAGGCGUGCCAUUUGUAUUGGACCAUGUUACAUACAUCUAAGAAGAGUCUGUCACGUAUUUCUAUUAGACAUGAUACAACAGGGCGUGACAGUGCUGUUUUGCUUAUCAUUCGUCCGCAAGUGCCUUUAGAUUGUAUUGUAUAUAUAAUCAACGCUAGGUAGAUAUCUAUAGAGCGAAUGUACACCCGUAGUGCGAUUGGAAUGUUAUGUAGGAGAUAGUUCUAAACUGUACUACGAUAUGAAGUAUUUAAGCCACAUGUACAUGUCCCGUGCUGCGCAGUUUGAGUAAAGCUUGAAGGCGCUAUUAUAUGAA